GGUAGAGGAAGGAGCUAUACAGUGAACUUGGACAAAUGGACUUGCUCUUGUGGUUACUUUCAGCUAGCAGGGAUGCCUUGUUGCCAUGCCAUCAGUGCCAUAUACAAGAGUGGAAGAAACAUAGCUGACUUCAUUCACAAAUGCUAUUCAGUUGAGCAAUUUAAGAAGAUAUAUGAGCACUGCUUGGAGCCAGUAGAAGGACAAGAGAGAUGGCCUAUCUCUGACAAACCUAGACCACAAGCACCUGGGUAUGUGAGUAUGCCAGGUAGGCCUAGGAAUAAUGACAGGAAGAGGGAAGAGGGAGAAGCACCAAAAGGAAAGAAAAUGUCAAAGCAUGGCACUAAAAUUACUUGCAGCAUGUGUGGCCACAAGGGGCACAACAAGACAGGUUGCCACAAGAAUCCUGAAAAGGGGAAGAAGAAGAAUGCCUUCCUGAAGAAAACAGGCAGGAAAAUGAAGUCAUCUGAGCAAGCAAACACUGAUGCUCAAAUCAGAUCAAGCCAGCUAGCUAAAAGCAUAGGAGAAGUUCAAGCACAAGCAGGAUCAAAUGGUGGGAAGAGGAAGGCUACCAAAAAACAGAAUGUGCAAUCCAAGAAAAAAUCAAAGAUGUGAUAUGAUGGAGUAGUGAUUUUCUGUUAGCAUAUUACUGAAUUGCUAUGUCCUUUUGUUCCUUAUGUCACUCUGGUCAUCUAGUACCUAUUGUGUGAUGAACUUAUGCAAAAA